AUGAUACCACGGAUAGACUUAUCUGACCUGAGAAUAAUUACCAACCAUUUUUCGGACACCCAUAAAAUUGGAAGAGGUGGUUAUGGAGAAGUUUACAAGGCAGUUUACAAGAAGGAAGAGAUAGCAGUGAAGUUGCUUGAUUCAGCCAAAGAAAUUGACGACAAACAAUUUAUGAACGAACUCAGUAAUCAUAUGAAGGUCCAACAUCCCAACAUUGUACGACUUGUUGGUUAUUGUAAUGAAGUGACCAGCGAAUAUAUUGAGCAAAAGGAUGGCUCUUCUGUUUUUGGUAAACACAUAUACAAAGUGCUCUGCUUCGAAUAUAUGCACGGUACCAGCCUAGACAAGCAUCUUUCUGGAAAUUCCCUGGGACAUGACUGGCCCACGCAUUACCAAAUAAUAAAAGGGACUUGUGAAGGCUUAUGUUAUCUUCACUGUGGGUGCGAGCGUCCAAUCCUCCACCUGGAUUUAAAGCCUGCCAACAUAUUACUUGACAAGCGCAAGAAUCCAAAAAUUGCAGAUUUCGGAUUGUCAAGGAUCUACACUACAAGCCGUACCCAUGUAAAAGUCAUUGGUUCAGUUUCAGGGACAACGAACUACAUGGCGCCUGAAGUAAGAAAAGAGGGCGUGGUGUCAGAUAAGGCUGAUGUCUUUAGUUUAGGUGUUACAAUCAUAGAUGUAAUUGGAGGAUCUGGCGGUUUAGAAACUUAUCGCGAACAUGGCGCCAAGAAAUUUGUUGAGUAUGUAUGUACAUAUUGGAGGGAGAGGGAUAAUACAGCAGAUUUAUAUCAAGUAGAGACAUGCACCAAAAUUGCAAUAUGCUGUAUGCAUACUGACAGACACCAAAGGCCCACAAUGAAGGAGAUUAUGGUGAACUUGAAUGAUAUGGAAACUCAGGUUUUGGGAAAGGGUCUCCAUACCCUCACGGUGAAUUCCUCCCGCCAUGUUCCAAACAAGCUCUCCAGUGACAAUUCAGGAAGGGGGCCACUGGAUGUUGUGAUUGUGUAUGCCUUUGAUUGUACUGACUGGACCCCAGCCUGGUACACAGUGGAUAAUGGGAUCUUUUGGAUGGUGCAAGAGAAGCUGGCCCACUUCCCCGAUAGUUGCAUGGGCUAUAUUUACGUCAUGUCAACUGCUAACACAUACACGUUAGACAUGAAAGUAGUUGACUCGGCGGAGACAAAGGAAACUGGCUACACAGGAUUCGCUAGGCGCAGGACGACCUGCACUAAGAACAUGGCAUCGGGCCUUGCAGAGGCGCAUAAAAUGAUCAGCAGCCGUGGGCACCACAAUGGCAUUAUCUUGUUCUUCUCUGAUGGAUUGAUGAACGAGGGUGACUUCUUUGAUGGAACCAACAACUUCAUAUCCGAAGUGCCCGUCCACACAUUUACCCUUGCCGGGGACACGUAUAACAAUGUUCUCCAAUCCAUUGCGGCAAAUUCUCCAGGAGGGAAGUUUCACACCAAGCCUGUUCCAGAAAGGCCAAAUCUAUCAACACCCUUCUCCAAGCUACUAGAUAGCCUCCUUGGGGGCACCCCGGAGGAUGUUGAGAGACCUCUUAGUUCCAUUUCAGGAAGGGAUCCACUAGAUGUGGUGAUCGUGUAUGCCUUUGACUGCACCAACUCGACCCCAGCGUGGUACACGGUGGAUAGUGGGGUCUUUUGGUUGGUGCAAGAGAAGCUCACCCACUAUGUUGACAGUUGCAUGGGUUACAUCUACGUCAUGUCGACCCCAAACACAUACACAUCGGACAUGAAAGUAGUUGACUCAGCCGAGACAAAGGAAACUGGCUACACUGGAUUCGCCAGGCGCAGGAUGACGUGCACUAAAAACAUGGCAUCAGGCCUUGUUGAGGCACAUAAAAUGGUCAGCAGCCGCGGUUACCGCAAUGGCAUCAUCUUGUUCUUCUCUGAUGGAUUGAUAAACAAGGGUGACUUCUUUGAUGGAACAGAGAAAUUCGUCUCUACAGUGCCUGUUCACACAUUUACCCUUGGUGGGGACGCGUAUAACCAGGGUCUCCAAGACAUUGCGAAAAAUUCUCCAGGUGGAACUUUCACCUGCCUUCCAGUUCCUGAAAGACCGCAUCUGUCGGCACCCUUUUCCAAACUACUGGAUAGCCUCCUCGGCGGCACCAUGGACUGA